UUUUGUAUUAAGACCCUAAGAUGGCGGCGGGGGAGCGGCACUGAAGGUUGCCGCCGCCGCCCGAGGCCGGGGUCUCCGUUGGGCGGUCCCCGUCCCUCUCUCGCGCCCCUGCCCCGGGCCCGGCGGAGCAGCCGCCCCAUGGCCAGGGGGGGCCUGGGCCGCUCGCCGUGGCCAUGGACCUGCGCACGGCCGUCUACAACGCGGCCCGCGACGGGAAGCUGAAGCUGCUGCAGAAGGUGCUGGGCAGCCGGAGCCGGGAGGAGCUGGAGGCCCUGACGGCCGGGCCGGGCGGAGGGGGGACCCCGCUGCUGAUCGCCGCCCGCCACGGGCACCGGGAGGUGGUGGAGUACCUGCUGGACCACUGCGGCGCCCGGGUGGAGGAGGGGGGCUCGGUCAGCUUCGACGGCGAGACCAUCGAGGGGGCGCCGCCGCUGUGGGCCGCCUCGGCCGCCGGCCACCUGGCGGUGGUGCGCUGCCUGCUGGAGCGGGGGGCCUCGGUGAACCAGACCACGCUGACCAACUCCACCCCGCUGCGGGCCGCCUGCUUCGACGGGCACCUGGAGAUCGUGCGCUACCUGGUGGGGGAGCGGGGGGCCGACCUGGAGGUGGCCAACCGCCACGGGCACACCUGCCUGAUGAUCUCCUGCUACAAGGGGCACCGCGAGAUCGCCGGCUACCUGCUGGAGAAGGGGGCGGACGUCAACCGCCGCAGCGUGAAGGGCAACACCGCCCUGCACGACUGCGCCGAGUCCGGGAGCCUGGAGAUCCUGCAGCUGCUGCUCCGCGCCAAGGCCCGCAUGGAGCGGGAUGGUUACGGCAUGACCCCGCUGCUGGCUGCCAGCGUCACCGGGCACACCAACAUCGUGGAGUACCUCAUCCAAGGAGGGCUGCAAAACGAGGAGGGGGAUGAGAUGUUGGGGAAUGAGGACGGGGCCUGCACUGCAAGGGGGCAGCAGCAGAGGGGUUGUGGUAGUGGCCAGGAAACGCAUCAGUGCUGCCCCGAGGAAGGGCAGCAAGAGGGCCAGAAGGGAUGCUGUGCCAUUAGCCAGGAUGAGCAGCAGGGCCCUUUUGAGUGCUGCAGUCGGGGGGCUGCUGUAGAAGCCCUGGAACUGCUAGGAGCCACCUUUGUGGAUAAGAAGCGUGACCUGCUGGGGGCUCUCAAGUACUGGCGAAGAGCCAUGGAGCUUCGGCACCAGGGGGGCCAGUACCUGAGCAAGCCUGAGCCCCGGCAGCUGGUGCUGGCUUAUGACUACUCUCGGGAGGUGAGCACCCUGGAGGAACUAGAAGCCCUGAUCACUGACCCGGAUGAGAUGCGCAUGCAGGCACUUCUGAUCCGAGAGCGCAUCCUGGGCCCCUCUCAUCCAGACACCUCGUAUUACAUCCGUUACCGGGGGGCAGUCUAUGCUGACUCGGGCAACUUUGAACGCUGUAUUAACCUGUGGAAGUAUGCCCUGGACAUGCAGCAAGGCAAUCUGGAGCCCCUCAGCCCCAUGACUGCCAGCAGCUUCCUUUCUUUUGCUGAGCUCUUCUCCUAUGUGCUUCAGGACCGCUCCAAGGGCACCUUAGCUACUCAGCUGGGCUUCUCCGACCUCAUGGGAGUGCUGAGCAAAGGGGUCCGGGAGGUAGAGCGGGCGCUUCUGCUUCACAAGGACCCGGUGGCUGACUCUGCACAGUUCACCAAGGCACUAGCCAUCAUCCUCCAUCUGGUCUUCCUGCUGGAGAAGGUGGAAUGCACCCCUGAGCAGGAGCACCAGAAGCGCCAGACCAUCUACUGCUUGCUCAAGUGCAGUCCCAGGGCCAAGAACGGGUUCACUCCCUUGCACAUGGCAGUGGACAAGGACACCACCACAGUGGGGCGCUACCCAGUGGGCAAGUUCCCAUCGCUCCAUGUUGUGAACCUGCUGCUGGAGUGUGGGGCUGACCCAGACAGCCGUGACUAUGACAACAACACCCCGCUGCACAUUGCUGCCCAGAACAACUGCCCGCUGAUCAUGAGUGCCCUGAUGGAGGCCGGGGCCCACAUGGACGCCACCAAUGCCUUCAAGCAGACAGCUUACGAGCUGCUGGAUGAGAAGCUGCUUACCAAGAGCAUGAUGCAGCCCUUUAACUACAUUACCCUCCAGUGCCUUGCUGCCCGUGCCCUGGACAAGCACAAGAUCCCUUACAAGGGCUUCAUCCCUGAGGAGCUGGAGGCCUUCAUUGAACUUCAUUAGGGUGGGAGGACUGAAGUCAGCAGCCUUUCCCACAGACCCGCUCAUCAUCCCUAAGGGAGGGAAAUCCAAGGUCUGGGGGCAGAUCCUCUCCCUGGGUGCUGGAAGCCUUCGUUGCAUUGAGACAGGCUGUAGCUAUUGUUCUUUCCCAUCACUGAGCUUAUCCUAUAGGGGAAGGAAACUCAAGAGCUUGUCACUGUGGCUGUCUUGCUUCCUCUUCAUCCCCAGGUGCCUGAAGCCUUCACUGAACCGAACCAAGAGGAGGCUGCAGCUGCUGCCUUUCCCCUUUGCUAACCAUCUCAUCCUCAAGGGAGAAGGCAAUUGGGAGAUUUUGCAGGAGAUUCCCCUGUAUCCUUCCACCUGUCCCCUUCCCAUAAGUGCUGAAUUAAUUCGGUCAUUAUGCUUUAGGGUUGCUACAAAUUCGCAUAUGUGCACCUCUUCUGUGCACCCCACCCCAAAGGACUGAACCAAUAGUAAUGCAAGCAAAGGAAUAAAAUAUCCACAUCUUCAAUUUAAUCUAGUCCCUUUUUCCUUCCCACAUUUGGCACAUAAGCCUAAAAGCUGGGUGGCUAGUGCCCAGCAGGGCUAGUUGCCAUUUGCACAACUUCCCAGCUGGGGGUGGUGAUUACCCUCCCCCCCCCCCCCCCCGGAAGAAAAAUACCCAUGUAACAAGUGGUGCAAAAUUGUGAGAUUUUUGACUGCUGUUUGCAAAGCUGGGUUUUCUUUUUCCCCGCCAGAGCCAGGCCCUGGUCGCUCUGCAAGGUUUCUCCAAUCCUGUACUUCCAUUUCAAGGCCAACCUUAGUAACAUGGUUUUGUCAGCAAACACUGGCUUAUAUGAAGGAGGGGACUUCUGAUUUUUUUUUUUAAUCAAUAUGGCUUUGUGGCUGGCAAGAGCCUCGAUCUUACCAGUUUUGCAGGGGCCAGCCCCUGUGCCUACGUAGACUUAGCUCUUCAUGGACUCACUGGGGGUUGGCCCAUCUAGAAUGGUCUGCAGGCCAAAACCAUGUUACUUAAGCUGGUGCUUGAGAUCCCCUCUUUCAAGCCAUUCCAGGAUCAGAGAAUGUUUGUAGGGUGGACAGAGCUUGGAGGUUUCUUUAAAGCAGGUGAGCAUUUGUUGCAGUGUGGGGUGACCCAGGGUUGGAGGAAAGAGCAGGCAAGGAAUGUUAAUGAAGGAUAAUUUUUUUUAUUUUUAAAGUUGAAUGGCACUGAUCCACUGGGCUUUGAAGUGUCCUGUUCUGCGAACCUCCUUUGAAAGGGCCACUGACUCUUGCUGUUUUUGGCUUUUGGUUCUUUCUGCAGCUAUACUAAGUAUGGUGCUAGUUUAAAGUUUGAAAUAAAAAUCUGACUUCAUCUGGCUACUCUUGGGGUGAGCUGGUUUUGUUUAAUUAGGACCUGGACAGAAGUUUGUUACCCAUUGCCUCAGGGCAGAUAUUUGUCCACCUCAGCAGAACCCUGCUUUGUGUUGAGCAAUUGGUGCUGGCAAACAUGAUGCAGUCCCUGCAUUUUAUUUGGUCUCAGCAGGAAUGACUGCUUUAGCAGUGGAGCGAAAUGCAUAGCUGCAGGUGAAACAACUGCCCCUCUGAGCUUUCAGGAGAGCAGAACUCUUGAUAAAUGCCCGUGCACUGUGAUCUAACGAAGCUGCUUUACUAGUAUUUACAGGCCAGCUGAACCAUAAACCUCAAUAAUCCAGUGUUCUCUGCCCGGUAAGGAUAUUGUAGAGCUGCCAUUUAGUUUUGCAGUGUUAACUAUUAAAUGUUUUAUUUAUGAGGCAAGAAGGUUUAACUCUUAUCAAGGUGUAAAGUGCAGGGUUAAUUUAGGUACAAUGUUUUCCUCCUUGUGGCUGAUACGGAUUAAACUGCACAAAUGACUUCACUUUGUGAGCUGAUGAGUGCUCCUAACUUUAAAUAAUAAAACAAAACAAAUGCUGAUGGAA